AUGGAGGGUCACUCUGAACCUCAGACCGCGGAUUCCCGCUAUACUUCCCAAUCAGUGGAACACCCUGAAUCCUCCAACGCCACAGAGGAAGUCCACCAAACUACUGAGACCCUCAAUCCAACAUCCACCACCAGCUCAACAGCCAGCUCCUCAAUCAUCAGUCAAGAUGGACGGUGGGGUGAAACGGAGACGGGCAAGCCGGUCUCCCGCAGCGGCGCAAUGGAAGACCUUGAAGACAUGCGCCGUGAACUGACCCGCCUCAGUCUGCACCGCACCCGCUCAACCACCAAAAGCGGUCGUCGCAAGUCCCGCCGCCACGACGAAGAAAAGGCCAAAGAGGAAUCCGAAGCCGAAGCAGAAAACGACUUUGAUCUAGGCGAGUUCCUCAUCAGCGGCCACCUCGAACGCCGCACCACGGCAGGCGAGCCCGCCAAGAAAGUCGGCGUCGUCUUCAAGAACCUCACCGUGCAGGGCAUUGAAACCGGUGCUUCGUUCGUACGGACUCUCCCUCAUGCCGUGAUCGGAACCUUUGGCCCAGAUCUGUACAAUCUUAUCUGCAGAUUCGCACCUCAGCUACGCGUCGGCAAGAAGCCGCCUGUCCGCGAUCUAAUCCACGAUUUCAACGGCGCCAUCCGCGAAGGCGAAAUGAUGCUCGUCCUCGGCCGUCCUGGCGCAGGAUGCACCACGUUCCUCAAAGCAAUCGCCAACGAUCGGGGUGCCUUCGCAGGCGUGAGCGGAGAAGUCAGCUACGGCGGUCUCUCGGCGGAAGACCAGAACAAGCAUUUCCGCGGCGAAGUCAACUACAACCCGGAAGACGACCAGCACUUCCCAACGCUAACAGUCUGGCAAACGCUGAAAUUCUCGCUGAUCAACAAAACCCGCAAACACGACCGCGAAAGCAUCCCUGUGAUCAUCGACGCCCUGCUCAAGAUGUUUGGUAUCAGCCACACGAAGAACACCUUCGUCGGAAACGAGUACGUUCGCGGUGUCUCCGGUGGUGAGCGCAAGCGUGUCUCCAUUGCCGAAACCCUCGCCACUAAGUCCUCCGUCGUCUGCUGGGAUAACUCCACCCGCGGCUUGGAUGCCAGCACAGCCCUCGACUACGCCAAGUCGCUGCGCAUCAUGACAGACGUCAGCAAGCGCACGACGCUCGUAACGCUCUACCAAGCCGGCGAGAGCAUCUAUGAGCUCAUGGACAAAGUACUCGUCAUCGACGAGGGCAAAAUGCUCUACCAGGGCCCCGCCAACGAAGCCCGCCAGUAUUUCAUUGACUUGGGCUUCCACUGUCCGCCACAGUCGACAACAGCAGACUUCCUCACCUCGCUGUGCGACCCCAACGCGCGAGAGUUCCAGCCCGGCCGCGAGGCUUCCACGCCCAAGACGGCCGCUGCCCUCGAGCAGGUCUUUAGGGAUAGUGCUGCGUACAGGUCUAUUACGGAAGACGUGGGACGGUAUGAGAAGCGGCUGCAGGAUACGCAGCAGGAAGACACGCGGCGGUUCCAGACCAGCGUGGCGCAGUCCAAGUCCAAGACUGUGUCGAAGCAGUCGCCGUAUACUGUCUCACUGGUGCGGCAGGUCAUGGCGUGUGUACAGCGCGAGUUCUGGCUGCUGUGGGGCGACAAGACGUCGCUUUAUACGAAGUAUUUCAUUAUUAUUUCGAAUGCACUGAUUGUCUCGUCGCUGUUUUACGGCGAGUCGCUGGAUACCAGCGGUGCCUUUUCGCGUGGUGGUGCCCUGUUCUUUGCCAUUCUGUUCCUCGGCUGGCUGCAGCUGACCGAGCUGAUGCCUGCUGUUUCUGGACGGGGCAUUGUCGCCCGGCAUAAGGACUACGCUUUCUAUCGGCCUUCUGCUGUGUCGAUUGCGCGUGUUGUCGUGGAUAUCCCGGCUAUUUUCUGUAUGGUUGUGCCGUUUUCGGUCAUCACGUAUUUCAUGACUGGGCUUGAUGUCUCGGUUUCGAAGUUCUUCAUCUUUUUCCUCUUCGUCUACACGAAUACCAUCUGCAUUACGUCGCUGUAUCGGAUGUUUGCGGCUCUGUCGCCGACAAUCGAUGACGCGGUGCGAUUCAGUGGUAUCGCGCUGAACCUGCUGAUUAUCUAUGUCGGCUAUGUGAUUCCCAAGCAGGCAUUGAUUGAAGACUCGAUCUGGUUCGGAUGGCUGUUCUAUCUCAACCCAAUCUCGUACAGUUACGAAGCGGUUUUGUCGAACGAAUUCUCCGAUCGCACUAUGGAAUGUGCGCCGUCUCAGCUUGUCCCCCAGGGUCCGAAAGUCGACCCCAAGUAUCAGGGCUGUGCUCUGACCGGCUCGUCUCUGGGCAAGACCUCUGUGCCAGGCGCACAGUAUUUAGCCACCAAUUUCCAAUUCACGCGCAGCCAUCUGUGGCGCAACUUCGGCGUUCUACUUGCUUGGACUGUGUUGUACAUCCUGGUGACUGUUAUUGCUUCCGAGGUCCUCUCGUUCGUUGGCGGUGGUGGCGGUGCUCUGGUGUUCAAGAAGUCGAAGCGCGCCAAGCAAGUCGCUGCCCAGUCUACCGGCAACGAUGAAGAGAAAAUCGCUAGCACCGACGACAAUGCUGCUCUUGCCCGCGGCCAGGCUUCUUCCGGCGACGAUGCCGCUUUCAACCGUCUAUCCUCCAGCGAGCGCUGCUUCACCUGGCAGAACGUCGAAUACACCGUCCCUUACGGCAACGGAACCCGCAAGCUUCUCAACGGUGUGAACGGCUACGCCAAGCCAGGUGUCAUGAUCGCGCUGAUGGGUGCCUCUGGUGCCGGAAAGACCACGCUACUGAACACUCUGGCGCAGCGCCAGAAGAUGGGCGUGGUGACCGGCGACAUGCUCGUCGACGGCCACAAUCUCGGCACUGAUUUCCAACGUGGCACUGGAUUCUGCGAACAGAUGGAUCUGCAUGACAACACCUCGACUAUCCGUGAGGCGUUCGAGUUCUCUGCUAUUCUGCGUCAACCCCGCGACGUCCCCCGCCAAGAGAAGGUCGACUACGUGGAUCGAAUCAUCAAUCUCCUCGAGCUGGAAGACAUCCAAGACGCAAUUAUUGGCUCUCUCAACGUCGAGCAGAAGAAGCGGGUCACAAUCGGUGUCGAACUCGCCGCUAAGCCCAGUCUUCUUCUCUUCCUCGAUGAGCCGACCUCCGGUCUGGACUCGCAAGCCGCUUUCUCAAUCGUUCGCUUCCUGAAGAAGCUCUCCCAAGCCGGUCAAGCCAUCGUCUGCACGAUCCAUCAGCCUUCCUCUAUGCUCGUUCAGCAAUUCGACAUGAUCCUCGCACUCAACCCAGGCGGCAACACCUUCUACUUCGGCCCCGUCGGCAAAGACGGCGCUGCAGUGAUCAAGUACUUCGGCGACCGCGGCUUCCAUUGCCCCCCAUCCAAGAAUGUAGCCGAAUUCAUCCUCGAAACCGCCGCGAAAGCCACCCACCGCAACGGCAAGCAAGUCGACUGGAACGAAGAAUGGCGCAACUCAGACCAAAACCGCGAAAUGCUCUCUGAAAUCGAGCGCAUCCGCACCGACCGCUCCAAGAUCCCCAUCGAAGACUCUGGUUCCGCGCACUACGAAUUCGCCGCCAAAACAAGCACCCAAACCAUGGAGCUGACGAAACGUCUGUUCAAGAAUUACUGGCGCGACCCAUCCUACUACUACGGCAAACUGUUUGUCUCCGUGAUCAUCGGCAUCUUCAACGGUUUCACCUUCUACAUGCUUCCGAGAACCGUAGCCUCAAUGCAAGACCGCAUGUUCUCCGUUUUCCUAAUCAUCCUGAUUCCCCCGAUCGUGCUGAACUCCAUCGUACCCAAAUUCUACAUCAACCGUGCCCUUUGGGAAGCAAGAGAAUACCCAUCCCGCAUCUACGGCUGGGUAGCCUUUUGCACAGCGAACGUCGUUUGCGAGAUCCCCGCAGCCAUCAUCUCAGGCCUAAUCUACUGGCUACUGUGGUACUACCCUGUGGGCCUACCAACAGACUCCGCAACAGCAGGCUACGUGUUCCUGAUGAGCAUGCUGUUUUUCCUAUUCCAGGCAUCGUGGGGUCAGUGGAUCUGCGCUUUCGCGCCCUCGUUCACGGUCAUCUCGAACGUGCUACCCUUCUUCUUUGUCAUGGUCAACCUGUUUAACGGUAUCGUGCGGCCGUACGCCGAUUACCCCGUCUUCUGGAAAUACUGGAUGUACUACGUCAACCCGAUGACGUGGUGGCUGCGCGGUGUGCUGUCGGCUGUGUUGCCGGGUGUGCAGAUCGAGUGUGCGAGCCAGGAAGCGACCCAUUUCAAUCCCCCGCCUGGCCAGACGUGUCAGCAGUAUGCUGGUGACUUUGUUACUUCUGUCGCUAAGGUUGGCAAGCUGGUUAACCCUGGUGCUAUGAGUGAUUGCCAGUACUGUCCUUAUGAGACUGGCUCGGAUUACAUGGUCAAUCUCAAUGUCCAUGCUGGUGAUAAGUGGCGGUCUUUUGGAAUUUUCUUGGCUUUUGUUAUUAUCAACUGGGCUUUGGUAUAUUUCUUCAUUUACACUGUUCGGGUGCGAGGAUGGAGCUUCGGCAUUGGGUCGUUGUUCGGUGUUGCUGGGUUAAUGGUUGAUCGUGUCAAGGGGCUGUUCAAGAAGAAGAGUGAACAGUAG